AUGAGCGCGCUGGUCCGCAUCCGCGACCUCGCGGUCGAUUUCACGAGCGCCGUCGAGACCGUGCGCGCCGUCUCCGGCGUCUCCUUCGACAUCGAGCGGGGCGAGACCAUGGCGCUGGUGGGCGAGAGCGGCUCGGGCAAGUCGGUAACGGCGCUCUCGAUCCUCCAGCUCCUGCCCUAUCCGGUCGCCUCGCACCCGAGCGGCAGCAUCGAGGUGGACGGCACCGACGUGAUCGGCGCGUCUGCGCGCAGGCUGCGCCAGAUCCGCGGCGACCGGAUCUCGAUGAUCUUCCAGGAGCCGAUGACCUCCCUCAAUCCGCUCCACACCAUCGGCCGCCAGGUUGCCGAGCGCCAGCGGGUGAUGAUCGCCAUGGCGCUCGCCUGCGAGCCCGACCUGCUGAUCGCCGACGAGCCCACCACCGCCCUCGACGUCACGGUGCAGGCGCAGAUCCUGAAGCUGCUGGGCGAGCUGCAGCAGCGCCUCGGCAUGGCGAUGCUGCUGAUCACCCACGACCUCUCGAUCGUGCGGCAUAUCGCGGACCGGAUGCUGAUCGCGGCCGAGCCCAAGGGCGAGCCGCUCGCGGUGGACGGAGCGGCGGCGGAAGUCGUCGCCUGCGACGACCUCAAGAUCCACUUCCCCAUCAAGGCCGGCGUCUUUCGCCACACCGUCGGUCAUGUGAAGGCGGUGGACGGCGUCACGCUCUCGAUCCGGGAGGGGCAGACCGUCGGUAUCGUCGGCGAGAGCGGCUCCGGCAAGACCACGCUCGCGCUGGCGCUGCUGCGGCUGAUUUCGAGCGAUGGCCCCAUCACCUUCGAGGACCGCUCGAUCCAGGGCCUCACGUUCAAACGCAUGCGGCCGCUACGGCGGCGGAUGCAGAUCGUCUUUCAGGACCCCUUCGGCUCCCUCAGCCCGCGCAUGACCGUGCGCCAGAUCAUUGAGGAAGGGCUGAAGCUGCAUCGGCUCGCCAAUGGCGACGGCGGGGGCGAUCCGGACCGCUACCCGCACGAGUUCUCGGGCGGCCAGCGCCAGCGCAUCGCGAUCGCCCGCGCGCUCGUGCUGAAGCCCCGUCUGUUGGUGCUCGACGAGCCGACCUCUGCGCUCGACAUGUCGGUCCAGGCCCAGAUUAUCGACCUCCUGCGCGCGCUCCAGGCCCGGCACCGCCUCGCCUAUCUCUUCAUCAGCCACGACUUGAAGGUGGUCCGCGCGCUCUGCCACGAGGUGAUCGUGCUGCGCGACGGCCAUAUGGUGGAGACGGGGCCGACCGAAGCGAUCUUCGAGGCGCCCCAGACCGCCUACACCCAGGCGCUGCUGGCCGCGGCCCUCGACCUCGAGGCGACCGAGACCGGCGCGGUCAGGAUGUAG